AUGCCUUCGCGACGAGACAACCUCCUUGUGGGGAGAUCAAGGGGAUCGUUCGCGGUCCAGGGAGGGCUUCAUUGGAGCAGAAAAUCGACAACUAGGUUCUGCCAAAUUAUCCUGGAAGAGUUCGUUCCGCCGCUGACAGCCGGUCUACGCCUACAACUGCAGUUGCGUUCGCGACGAAGGCUACAUCCCUCGAAGCAGCGAAGACCCAACCCGAGCAGACCCGAGCAGACCCGAGCAGACCCGAUCCGACACGACGACAACGACGAUGACGACGACGACGAAGACGACGACGAUGAAGAUGUCUUACACUGGAAGGACGGCUUGCCUUGGAAAGACUGUCGAAGCUCUCAAGCUACUGUCCUUAUGGGCUGUCAUGCGUCGCGAUUUGUUCUGGCUUAUGGACCGACCGGCUCGUGGCGACAGACCUCGGUUUUCAGCGUAUACGGACCCUCAGCAGCAACCCAGACGAACCCAAACCCAAGCCCCUCGAAUCCAAAACCCUCCGUUCGCUUAGCCAACGCCGAGAAGCUUACGGAAGAGAGAUCUGUACACAGUCCAAGGAGAAAGCGUCCGUCUCCAUCAAAGAGAUCUCCCGCCGUAAAGGCCGUGCCGCGGAACAAGCAAACCGUCGACGAGAUAGAAGAAGACCACACCGUGAAGAAGACCACAUUGAGAGCUGCAAGUUCGAAUCCAAACUCUAUCCUGUUGCUGGCUUCCUACGAGAUCUGUGUUGACGAUCACUACUCCUUCAACGCCGUCCGAACCCGAAACGAAAUCGAUGAAUUCGCCGAUACAACGCUCGACAAACGGCACGACUGCAUAAGCCCAGCAGUCCUAUAG